AUGGCCGACGACGACGACGCGCAUCGCGACGUCCCGGACGGGGCACGACCUCGCGCCCCAGGGCACCCUCCCUCUGGACGCGGCGGCGGCAGGCGAGUGCCAGACCGGGAAGUCCAACUGUCCAAGGCGCUCUCCAAGCUGCUGAGACACCAGGCCGACAGCGCGGGCAUCAAGCUCGAUGAGGAAGGCUUCGCGCCGCUGGAUCGCCUGGCAUGGGGCCCUCUCCGGUCCCUCGCCCCGAGCCUCCAAGAGGUCAAGCACGUCGUCGAGAACAACGCCAAGAAGCGGUUCACGCUGAGGCGCGCCGACCCCGACCCUCUGGCGCCCGAGCCCUCGUCCGCGGCGGGAUUCCUGGUGCGCGCCAACCAGGGGCACUCCGUCAAGGUCGACGAGGCGGCCUUGUUCCGGCCCAUCCUGCUGGGCGGCGCGGACCUGCCUCGCAAGGUGGUGCACGGGACGUACUUUGCGUUCUGGGGCCCCAUUGUCGAGUCGGGCGGGCUGAAGCCCAUGGGGAGGGGGCACAUCCAGUGCUCCGACAGGACGCCCGAGGAGGGGGCCGUGAGCGGGAUGAGGCGGGAUGCGGAGCUGUUGGUCGAGAUUGACAUCGAGGCCAGCCUGAGGGACGGCGUGACCUGGUGGAGGAGCGACAACGGGGUCAUCUUGACGGACGGCGGGGAGGGAGGCGUCCUGGGGACCAAGUAUUUCAAGAUGGUGACGAGCAGGACCGUCGACGUGGGGGUGCUGUGGGAGGACGGCGUCAAGGUCGCCGAUCUGCCGGCCGAUUUGAAGCCGAGGACACCGAGGGGGAAGACCCGGGGCGGGAGAGGUGCGAGGCCAUGA